AUGAAGGGUCUAACACUCAAUUGUAUGGGCCGUAAGGACGAAGCGUAUGAAUAUGUGAAGAAUGGACUACGUCACGAUCUUCGGAGCCACGUUUGUUGGCAUGUCUUUGGUUUAUUAUAUCGCUCCGAUCGCAAUUAUCAUGAAGCUAUUAAAUGCUAUCGCAAUGCUAUUAGAAUCGAUCCUGAGAAUUUGCAGAUUUUGAGAGAUUUGUACCUGUUACAAGUGCAAAUGCGUGAUCUGAAGGGAUUUGCAGAGACACGUCGUACGAUACUUACUCUUAAGCCCAAUAACCGAAACAAUUGGAUUGGUUUUGCCAUUGCUCAUCACUUGGUAGGCAAUUAUCAGAUGGCAAUUGACAUUAUUGAAAAAUACUUCAGCACAUUGGACGGAGAGAUUGCUCCCAACUAUGAAGAUAGUGAGAUCUACUUGUACCAGAACCAAUUGCUGGAAGAAGCAGGAGAUAUUGAAAAGGCGAUGGCGAACUUAGAACAAAACAAGAACCAAAUCACAGACACGCUAGCAUGGCGCCAGAAAAAGGGACAGUUUUUGCUGCAGCUUGAACGCUACGAUGAAGCGUACGACGUAUUCAAUGAACUCCUGGAGAUUAAUUUUGACAAUUAUGAGUACCACCGUGGAUUGCAGUGCGCCAUUUUGAAGCGGAACGACAUGUUUGUCUUGAAGCCGACUCAGCAGAAGAAGCUGCUGCUGCCGUCUGAAGUCAUUGACUUUUCAAAGGAGGAAAACGGCGAUGAAAUGGAGAAAGCUCUUGCGGAUUAUUACGCGGACAAGAAGUCGACAUUUGGUGCAACGUCGUUGGUCUCACUACGUUUUCCGAUGGACUUUACGUGUGGCGAGGAGUUUAAGAAGCAUGCGGAUGUGUAUCUAAAGAGGCAGCUGAACAAGAAAGUGCCGUCUCUUGGAUCGGACCUAAAGUCGCUGUACGCUGACGUGGAUAAAGUGAAGGUGCUGGAGGAGCUUAUGUUUGAGUACAUAAAGACUCUGGAGGCCAAGAACCCGUUGGAUAUGGGAGACAACUCGAUGGCAGCAAAUAUGACUGAAGAGGUGUUGCUAUGGACAAGCUACCUAGUGGCGCAGCACUAUGACCGUCUAGGUGACUAUGCAGAGGCUAUGAAGUAUAUUGAGAAGUGCAUUAAACAGAAGCCGAACCUGCUGGACUUUUUCCAACGCAAGGCCCGUAUCCUGAAGCACAUGGGCGACCUCAACAAGGCUGCUGACGUAAUGGUUGAGGGACGCAAGCUAGACCUGGCAGACCGUUACAUCAACAAUAAGGCGACAGAGUACUUGCUGCACGCUGACCGUGUCGAAGAGGCUGAUGCUACUAUUGCUCUAUUUACUCGGCAUGAGGGCGCCCCGCAGCAGAACCUGUUCGACAUGCAGUGCAUGUGGUAUGAGAUCGAGUGCGGCAAGAGCCAAAUGCGCCAGCAGAAUUACGGUCUUGCACUAAAGCGCUUCUUUGCUGUGGAGAAGCACUUCAAUGACUUCGUGGAGGACCAGUUUGACUUUCACACUUACUGCAUCCGCAAAAUGACGCUGCGAUCGUAUAUUCACCUGCUGAGUCUCUGCGAUGAAAUCUACGGCCACCCGUUUUUUGUGGAGGCUGCUCACGGCGCCAUCGCUUGCUACAAGGCUUUGGCUGAAAAGGAGGAGUUGAAGGCACAAGAAGAAGCACAGAUUGCCCAGGCAAAUGCUAACAUGUCUGCAGCCGAUAGGAAGAAGGCGAAGCGUGCACUUGCUAAGGCACGUAAGACUGAGUUUAAGAGAAAACAAGACGAGGAGCUUAGUGCUAAACUGCGCAGGGAAAUCGAGGAGAAGGAACGUGAGGUAGCCAAGAAUGGAAAAGCCAAAGCGAAUUCUGGCCCGACGCGUCCUAAGGAUGACGAUCCACAUGGCGAAAAGCUUGUUGAGAAGUCUGCCCUCGUAGAAGCAUGGCGCUUCGUAGCUAUUCUCCAGCGUUAUGCCGCAGAUGAUGUGAAGACGCAUUUGGCUGCGUUUGACAUUGCUCUCCGCAAAAAGAAGUUUUUGCUGUGUUUGCAGGCUCUUCUGAAGGCGCUGGCGCUGGAAGACUUGUCAUUGAAGGCCAAGACUGAGUUGAAUAGUCGCCAGUCUAUGUUUCUGGAGGAGGUGAAGCAGGUGACAAACCCCAUCUUGCUGAGGGUCAUUGACGAGAGAAAGGCUGAGAUGAUGGUGGCGAGGGGUAGUUUUUAA